AUGUCAUCAAUACACUACAAAUUCCGCGCGGAACUCGACUACAAGACGCUGCAGUUCGACGGGCUGCACAUUCGCGGCGAGCAGCUCGUGCGCGAGAUCUGCUCCAAGGAGAAUCUGAAAUUGGAGUUGUUCGAGCUGCAAUUGCAGAAUGCGCACACGAAGAAGAUGUAUAGCGACGAGGAGCUGAUUCCCCGCAACUCGUCGAUCAUUGUGCAGCGAUUCCCGCGGAAGGAUGCAGCAAAGGUGCAAAAAGUACAGUGAGUUGGUCGAAAAUUCACCAGUUUCCCUAUAAAUUCGAUAAUUUCUGUCAUUUCCAGAGCCGGCGUCAACUCGGGAAUGGUGACGCACGCGGAAGGCGCCUCGUCAAGCCUGGAUCCAGUCAAUCAACUCUCGCAGGUGGGAAUUUGCGGAAAAUCGGAUAAAGUGCUAAUUUUGUUAUUUGUAGGCCGAAUUCGAUGGUCUCGAUGAAGCGGAGCGUCUGAAUCUGAUCCGAGAUCAGUCGACGAGAGCUUUCGAUCCCUCAAAGUGAGUUUUUUAGCAUUUUCGCUCAAACUUCUUCAAAAAACGCCGAAUUUUUGCAGUUUCCGCCGUCGCCCGCAAGGAGGGAUCAUGACGGGACCGCCGCCACCGACGUACACGUGCAACCGCUGCUAUCAACCGGGUCACUGGUACAAAAACUGUCCGAUGGUAAUUCUCGCCGCCGCCGCAGCCGCCCACUCUUUUUCUGUCUCCGGCCGGUUUCCGUGCAUUUUCUCAUUUUCCUGUAUAUCUUGUGCGUGUCUCUCCCAGAUAAAACUCCAAUUUUCAAUUUUCUAGCAAUUUUGUUCGAUAAUUUCUAAUCGCAAUUUUAUAGGAUCGCCGAAAAGUGCAGAGUUUGGAAAAUUUCAAAAAAGAAAUCAUGUUCAGAGGGAUUUAAUGCAAUUUUCAGCUCAACACAAAACGAACGACGGGAAUACCAUCGCAAGAGCUCAUGGAGACGACGGCCGACGAUCCGGCGGCGAUGCUUCACCCAAGCGGAAAGUACGUCGUGCCGAUCAUGCACUGGAAGGCGCGUCAGGAGACACUUCAGAGAAAGGUACUUUUUCUACAAUGUUUCCUGAUUUUUAGAGAGUUUUCCCCGAUUUUCCGUUAGUUUAAGAGCCUCACUAAUCGUGCCCAGUUCUUCCAGCAGAAUCUCGACGAAGGAGGAUCCGCCUCCCCUGCGCAAGCGGAACGGAAAGUACCGCCGGAGCUUCUCUGUCCGAUCUGCCACAGUCUCUUCAAGGAGGCGGUCGUCACGUCGUGCUGUGGCAGUUCAUACUGUGCCGAAUGCAUCCAGGACCGCAUUAUGGAUCCGGACAGUCGCAAGUGCCCCGGAAACGAUUGCGGCAAUACGGAGGUAGGGCUUUUUUUUAGACAGUUCACUUUCAAAAAUGUGCAAAUUUGCAGAUCUCCAUCGAAAGCCUGAUCCCGAAUAAGACUUUGCGUGAAGGCGCAGCCGCGUGGAUCACCUCUAGUGCGCCAGGCGCCCAAUUGGUCCCUUCGGCCGCCGAACCGGAACAGAUCCGCAUUCGAAUCGGCCUCAAAGCACCCGCAUCGGCACCGAAUCUCUCCGGCAUCUCCCCCGGCACGUCCCUCGUACCCCAGCAACCGCCAAAUGUCUUGCAACCCGUCCACUCUGCCGUUCUCCAGCAGGUAGUCUAUUUUUUCUAAAACGUUUGCAUUUCUGCUACUACCCGAGUCGAUGCGAUUCUUUUGUGAUUUCGCAACGGUUUUCUAACUAUUUCUUCAAUUUUCAGCCAGUCCAGCAACAAGUGGCUCUCCCGCCCUCCCACACAAUCCAACCGGCCAUUCCGGGAUUCCCGGCGACCUCGCAGCCGGCCGUCAGCUCUUCCAUCGGUCUGCAAAUGAUGCAGGACGUGAGCCUGCCACCGCCCGGAAUUCCAGGGCUCUCCGCCUACGGACAGACUCUUCCCGGCAUACCAGGACUCAUGCCCGCCUACGGGUACGGAUUUGUUGAAAAGCCCGUGACAGCUAUGACAAUCGGCCCAAGUUUCAGAAUCCCCGUGUUCCCGGCAUCGGGCUUCCCGCCGGCGGUCUCUUCGGUGCCGCUCGCCUCUUCCGCCUCUUCGGGAUUCGACGAGUGGAAUGCGUUCCUGCGCAACAAGGAUAAGUACGACAAACGGAGAGACGCGAGGGAUCGGGAGCGGGAGAAAGACCGCACGAGACGGAAGGAACGCCGAGACUCGCGCGGAAGACGCAGACGGUAAGCAGAUGGGGGAAAAGAACCGAAUUCAUCGCGCUAAUUUUCCGAACACACUACAGAGACUCGUCCACAUCGUCCUCCGCAUCGUCUUCAUCGUCUUCUGGCGAAGAGGAGCGUCGUCGUCGCGAAAAACGGCGCGAAAAGGAAAAGAAGAGCAGGAGAAGUGUGGAGAAGGAGCGAAGUUCGACGCGGCGAUCCGAUGACCGGAGAGAUCAUCGGGAGCGCGAGACGUACCGAGAAUCGUCGUCGAGAAGAGCGAAAGAGUCGACGAAACUCGCCGCUUCUUCUGCUUCUUCUUCGUCGCGACGAGACGGCGGAGCAGAGCGGAGAGAAGAGGCGAGACGCAGAGACCAGAGAAAGAAAGAAGACGACAGGAAGAAGGACCGUACUCGAGAGCCAGAGCCAGAAGAACUGGAGGACGAUAUCCAAGAGAGGUGAUUUUGAUGAAAAAUUGGGAAAUGUGAUGAUUUUUGUUUAAUUUGGCUCAUUUUGCCGAUUUUUACCCAUCUUGCUGUGAAAACUAGCUGAAAAUCCAUAAACUGUCAACAAAUUGAUUUUUCAGCAAGCACAAGGACGUGGAGUCGAAAGACGAGGACGAAAUCGAUGGAAUAAUCGCCGAGUACGGAAAUGUGCAAGUGAAAGAGGAAGAAGAUGCUGGAGAAGGAGAAACGACUGAAAAAGUGGAGAAAGGAGAAGAAGAAGUGAAGCGAGUGGAUGUGGAGACGAAGAAGGAGGAGGAGACACUGGUCGAGAUGAAGGACGCCGCUGAAGAGGUACUUUUUGCAAUUUUUGGAGAUUUUUAGAACAUUUUGUGCAGUCUCAGGAGCCGACGGCCGACGAGGAGCCAAUCGAGACGGAGCCGAGUGCCCCGAGAGCCCCCGCGAGCCAGACGUUGGAGACGAGCGAGGCGGAGGUGGCGGAAACGAGAACCGAGCCCGAAGAAGACCAGGAAGAAGAAGAAGAGGAAACGGAAACGGACCGGAAGGAGGACGAAGCGAGCGGGAACGAUGAGAAGAUGGCGGAGUCGUCGGGCGGCGAGGAGGAUCGCAAAAAGAAGCACAAGAAGAGCAAGAAGGCGAAGAAGAACAAGAAGAAGGGCGAGGAAGACGAAGUGGAAAUGGAGGAGGAGGAAAAGCACAAGAAGAAGCACAAGAAGCACAAGAAGGAGAAGAAGGCAAAGAAGGAGCGGAUGCGCGAGGAGCUUGACGCUGCGGAGGAGGCCGACGAGCGCAAGGAUCGGGGACGGCGCGAGGAGGAGCGCAAGCGGAAGAGGGACUCGCGCGAACGCGACUACGACUCGGAUGUACGGUUUUUGUUUUUUAUUUUAGAAAAAGUUGAAUGAUUUUGGAAUUUUUGUACUUUCUAGGCGCUCUAAACAAAAAUUGGUGGAUUUGAAACAAUUUUAAGCACAAAUUAGGAACAAAUGCCUAAAUCGGCACUCGAAUAAGUGAAACAGAAGUUGCAGAGUGCGCCGAAGCCAAAAUCGCGUCGAUCCGACGAUCAUCAGCGAAAAGACGGCGAGAAGGAGCGCGAGAAGGAUCGGAAGACGUACCGAGAAGAGAAGGAGAGAGAAGAGCGCAAAAAACGAGACGAGGAACGUGAGAAGGAUCGGAGACGCCGUGAGAGACCGGAAAAGCCGGCGAGAGUCGAUAAAUCCGCGGAGAAGUCGAAUAAGAAGCAGCCGGAGGUGAAGACGCGUCGAUCGGUGCACGAACGCCUUCAAAAGGCCGACGACGUUGUCAAAAGUGCCAGCACUCUGACACGGAAACCAGUCUCGUUCACCGUCAAUGCGAGCAAGUCUGCGCGCGUCCGUCGCGUCUCGUCGAGCUCUUCCACAAAAGAGCAGGAAGAGGAGGAGGUGGGCGUUCCGAUGAAUUUUCAUCCGUUUCUCAACAAAAAUCAUUUCAGCGCUCUAAACAUCGCCGCAAAAAGGAGGAGACGGAUGUGGAGAGCAGCGCAGAAAAGGAAAAGGCCAAGGUGAUUAUUUUUUUCAAAAUUUAGAACAUUUUUGACCGUUUUUUUGCAGAAAUCCUCGUCUCGUUCGUCUGCCGCCGCCGCUGCCGUCUCGUCAUCGUCAUCGUCUGGAGAGUUGAGCAGCUCGUCGAAGCACAAGAAUAUCAAGAUUAAAUUUGAUUUGUAG